AUGGACGAACUCUUAUCCAGGGCUGGAAGCCAGGUGGUGUCAUUUGCAAUUAAGUCUAGUGUUUCUGUCGCCUCAACUUAUGCUAUAAAACAAUUUACCAAGUUUUUAACACAUGUCCCGCAAAGAGAUGCUAGUCGUCUACAAAAGCUUCGGAAGCAGUUAGAGACGAGAAUAGACAUUAUUGAUAAUGCUAUAGGCUUGAUUAAGCUCUGCGUUGUUCGGGGUAAUACGAAUUUGGGCUCGACAUUAUCCUUAGUUCUGGACUUAAAGGAUGAACUAUUACAAUUUAAUCUUGAAAUGGAUGAAAUACUCGCACCCUCUAAUUUAGGAGACGCAAAAUCUAACAAGAAAGACAGCCAUGAUCAAGCCGCAGUUUCGUUGCUGGAGGCUAAAAUGAAGGAAUUAAUCCAUCGCAUAGAACUUGUUAUACCAUUAAUUAAUUUGUCUAUGACCACUUCUGGUGUAAGCACGUCAAUGAAAUUGCCCAAUAAUGUAUCAGCAAGUUUGUUACUUCAAGCAUCCAAUCAUAUUGUGAAGUCCAAUGAAAAGGCCAUAUUAACAGGAAAUAAAAUUGAUAUCCAAGUAGGGCCAAAGUUUGAAGUCACAGCAUACAAUAUCUUCAAUAAUAGCUCAACUAUUAUCUGGAAAGAACGUAUGGCAAGAUGUGAUUUAAGAGUUUAUAGAUCAGCCAUUUCGGAAGCAAAUCCGAUCCAAUACGACUAUUAUAUUGAAUUCAAGGAAAACUUUGAUGACGGUCGGUACCAUGACCUGAAGGAGGACAAGCCGGUCAAGCUACGUUGGCAACUAGCUAAAGUAAUAAGGCUAUUCUUUACCGCUUCUGGGAAGUUACUGAACUUAGAAGAACGAGAUUCGCCAGUUUUAGUAUUGAAAAUAGACAAAAACCUAGAACGAGAACAUAUUACAUCUACGGAAAACAUUGAAUGGAUUGCCCUAGGUGAAUAUGAAGAUAUAGUGGAGACUUCUGAUAAUGAGAGCACAGAAGAAGCUACAGAGGCGCAAGAACGUGAAGAAGGGUCUAGUAGCGAGGAAGAAAACUAUGAUAGUGCCGAAGAAGAAGAAGUUAAUCCAGAAACAAGCAAAUCUCUAUCACUGUUGGAGUAUAUAAUAAAACUUGCUUCUCUACAAGACAAUGACCAAGCUUCAAUUUUGGAGGUAAAGGACGAAAGGUUGUCAUUAUAUUUGAAUGAUGAGAAUCCUAAUUCGGUAAGAAGUCAACGGUAUGAUGUGAACGCAGUAACCGAAAAGCUAAAUGAUACUUCUCUAAACAAAUGA